UGUGCUGAGCACGGCCGCUGGUGGCCUCCUCAGUGGUGGAAACAGCGGGAUGGCGGUCCUCCUGGCCCUCCUCGGGGCCCCCUGCCUGCUCUUCCUGGGGGUUGGGCUGUGGGUGAUCUGCAGCUGUUUCUUCACUGCGGACAUCCCUGUGGGCAUCGGCCAUCCUGUGAAGCUGCGGGUACUGCACUGCGCGUUACAGCUGUUUGUGGCAUGGGGGAUGAUUCUUGAGAAACUGAGAAUCUGUUCGAUGCCCCAGUUUGUCCAUUUCGUGCACGACCUGCCGCCGUUCAUCAAGGAUCCGGAUGUGGUGGUCACCGACCUCCUCUUCGGGACCAUCCCCGUGAAGCUGUACCAGCCCCGGAGGACCUCCCGCAGCCUCCGGCCCGGCAUCCUGCUGUUCCACGGCGGUGGGGCGAUCGUGGGAAGCUUUAAAAUCUACCACACAAUAUGCUGUCGUUUGUGCAAGGAGAGCGACUCAGUGGUUUUAAUAGUUGGAUACCGCCUGGCACCCCAGCACCGGUUCCCGGUGCCAAUAAGAGACUGCUUCGCGGCCGCCACCCACUUCCUGAAGUCCCUUGACAUGUAUGGGGUGGAUCCAGCACGGGUUGUGGUCUGCGGGGACAGCGCGGGAGGGGGAGUGGCCGCGGCAGCUUGUCAAAAAUUUAUGGAUCGUUCAGAUCUGCCCAAGAUCCGGGCCCAGCUUCUGAUCUACCCCACUCUCCAAGUCCUGGAUUACCAGCUGCCUUCCUUCCAGCAGAACAAGAAUGUCCCACUGAUCACUCUGGAUUUUGCCUUCCUCUGUAUGUCUUAUUACCUGGACGUGAGCCCCCAGUGGAAAAACGCUAUCCUGAAAGGCGCCCAUAUGCCUGCCCACGUCUGGGAAAGGUACAGGAAGUGGUUGGACCCCGAAAACAUCCCGGAGAGGUUUAAGAAGCGAGGCUACCGCCCGGUGGCCCGUGCGCCCCUGAAUGAGGCUGCCUACCUGGAGUCAGACCUCCUCCUGGAUUUGCUGAACUCGCCCAUGCUUGCGGAAGACGAAGUAGUGUCUCGGUUCCCGGAAGCCUGCAUCGUGAGCUGUGAGUAUGACAUCCUCCGGGACAAUUCCCUGCUGUACAAGAAGAGGCUGGAGGACCUGGGCGUCCCGGUGACUUGGCACCACAUGGAGGAUGGCUUCCACGGGGCGCUGAACACCCUCGGCAUGGGCUGCCUUCAAGUGCCCUGCGCCACGAGGAUCCUGAGGGUCAUGGUCCAGUUUAUCAAGGGGCUGUGAGCAUCUUUCCCUCCCCCGGGAGCUAUGAGUGUAGGUCCCGCCAUCAUCCAGUUCCUUAUGGACCUCUCUGUUGCUGAUGGAGGUGAUGCUGAGUGGGGAUAGGGGAGAAUAUUGAGACUGCUAUCUUCUUCUUUAAAAAAACAAACAAACAAACAAACAAAAACACAGCCCGGCC